AUGGCGCAGGAAUAUACCGAGUACCUCGCGGUCCAUGUGCUCAACGAGCAGCAACUGGUCAGCUACCGCACUCUCAGUCGAGCAUUGAAAGUCCAUUGCAAUCUUGCAAAGCAAAUGCUCUACGACUUCCACCACAAGCAGAAUACCAAAAAGCCAGGCACAGUCCACGCCACAUACCUCCUCACCGGCAUCAGACGAGUCACCACCUCCUCCCAAACGAACGGAAUCCACAGUCAAGAUGACGAAGACAUCCCCAUGCAAAGCAGCGGGCCCCUACCAAGCAGCUCCGCCGCCGAACCGCACGACUCCAUCCCCGAAUCGAGCAUCAUUCGCUCCAUCCUCCUAGUAAGAGAAGAACACCUCGCGCAAGCAAAGAGCACCUUCGACUCCAUCUCCAGCAUCCACAUCUACAGCCUCGAAUGCAACGGCCUGAGCGACAUCCAUACAUUGACGGAGUGCAAUCGGCAAAUCGACGUCAACUAUGCGUCCGAAGACCCGCUGCAAGCAUGGAAGCAAUACGGCACCAUCCAGAAUCCCAACGUCAAGAGGCGGGUCGGCAAAGGCACCGCACCGCCCCCUCCCGCUGCUCCUAUCGAGAAGAAUCCGCAGGCGAAGAUAGCGCCCUCCGCUACGACAGCCAAAGCAAAAGAAGCAGAGAUGAAAGCAGAAGUGAAGCCAGCAGCAGCAGUACCGACCGAAAAGAAAGGCAGCACCACCACCUCCUUCCCCAAACCCGUCCAAGCAAAGCGCCAAAAUUCCGACAUUUUCAAAUCCUUCUCCAAAGCCAAACCCCCCGCCGCCGCUUCCCCCGUUCCCGCAGAUCCAGAUCCGAAAGGGGAAGACGAUCUCAUGACCGGCUUCUCUGAUGAUGAGGGGCUAGAUGACGACGAGCUAGAGAAGGAGGUCGGAGAGGCGGCAAAGACGUUGCAGCCGGCUGGGAAGUCGAAGAAGGAGCGCGAGGCGGAGUUGCAGGCGAUGAUGGAGCAGGAGGAUGAGGAGGAUGAGGCGAUGGAGGAUGUUACUGCAGCUACUCCUGAUGCUGCGCCAGCUGCUGAUGUUGAUGCUCCCGCCAAAGCGGAGGAAGCGGAAGAGCCUAAAGAGACGGUUACGAUUGAGAACGGCCGACGUCGCGGCAAGCGGAGAAUCAUGAAGAAGAAGACCGUCAAAGAUGAAGAUGGAUAUCUAGUAACGCGAGAGGAAGCAGCCUGGGAGUCCUUCUCCGAAGAAGAGCCGCAGCCGAAGAAGAUCAAGACCGCCGCGCCGAGUCAGAAAGCGUCUACCGGGGCGAAGAAGGGUGGAGCAAAAGCGGGAGGGGGGAACAUCAUGUCUUUCUUCUCGAAGAAGUGA